UCCACGGGUGUGCUGUGUGGGGUCAGUCUAUUCCAGUUAUAUAGAAAUGCGAAAGUGAAAGAAAACAAAACAUUCACCGGGUUUGUGUGUCAGAGACACAUAACACGGUUUUUGUUUUCAUUCAUGAAUCUUUUGAUGAAGCUCCACGAGAGCAGUACAACGCCAAGGUCUGCUGGCUACCGGUGUAAACAGUUGCACGUGCCGAGAUGAAAGUGCGCUGCCUGCAACCAAUAUUAUCAAUGCAAUCAACUGAUGAAAUAAACGUUAUUGUUCUCAAUCUCAGUGAGAAAGUAAACGGCCUGACAUCAGUUACAAGUGUAAAUUGUUAUUUAAUCUGUGAGAGGUGAACGUGAAAGAACGAGGAAAUUAGGGAGUAAAACUAAAUAUUUUUGAGUACAAUAUGAUGGCUCAUGUGAACUGUUGUUGAAACAAUUUGGCGGUGAGUGAAGGUGUAGUCGUGGAUACAUCCUCGGAGGCAGUAUAGUAGCGGCUGGUGGUAGGGGCGUCUGUGUACACAGUAACAGCGAAGGCGCCUCCCUUCUAUUUCUCUAUGAGCUCGUCUCCCCGUCGGCACUGGCAGUCGCCACCAGGACCUCGCGUGUGCUGGGGUUCAAUGAUCGCCGUCACCAACGCAACAUUACAGCGGUGAACUCCUUCACAACCAGCGUCUCACCACGACACCCGCACCGAGUGAAGAGCCUCAGCAUGAGGACGAAGGUGUGGUGGCUGGUGGUGACGGCGGCGGUUGCGGGGGCGCAGGACAUCUCUCAGGGUAUCCUCAGUGGGGUUAUGUCGGGCUUGCGGGAACUGCCUGUCAUCGGUAACGUCCUGCGGGCCGCCGUCCACCCCCUCUACAUGCCGCUUGUCCGCCAGUUCCAGCCCAGGAUCAACAGCAGGGAGGGAGAGAACGAGUUCACUGAGAUGUGUUUCGGGGAGCUGGGUUGCAUCCUCUCUGACGAUGACUUCUUCCACCCCAUCCACCGUCCACUCAACCUUCCACCAAACAGCCGAGAGGAGAUCCACGUGGUGUUUACGGUCCACACCAGAGAGGACAGUCAGGGCACCCAGGUGGAGGGCAUCAACGUGACCAAGGUCCUCAACACCUUCUUUAAUCCGAAGAGGAAAACAAAAUUUCUCAUUCAUGGGUUCUUGGACCACACCGGAGUGACGUGGAUGUGGGACAUGGUUCGCGCCCUGCUGGUCUACGACGACUACAACGUGGUGACGGUGGACUGGUCUGGCGGGUCUCGGGCUCUCUACUCCCAGGCCACCGCUAACACUCGAGUGGUUGGCCUCGAGGUUGCCCACUUCAUCAACUGGCUCAAAGACAACGCUCUUCUCGACCCCAAGGAUGUACAUAUCAUUGGUCACUCUCUUGGCUCACACACUGCAGGGUACGCAGGAGAGCGGGUGUCCGGGCUGGGCAGGAUCACCGGGCUGGACCCCGCCGAGCCCUUCUUCCAGUACAUGCCACCCAGCGUCCGCCUCGACCCCUCCGACGCCAUGUUUGUUGACGUCAUCCAUACUGAUAUUGACUCCAUCCUCAACCUGGGCACUGGUAGUGGUUAUGGGCUGAGGCAGCCGGUCGGUCACCUGGACUUCUACCCCAACGACGGCAGGAACCAGCCGGGUUGCAACUCCCUCACCCGCGUCCCUUUUGCGGCCCUCACAGACGGUCUCAGCCUUUACGAGGGCCUGGAUGCCGCACAAAAGGAGCUGGUCGCCUGUAGUCACAACCGAGCGGCCAAGCUGUUCACUGACUCCAUCCUCUCCACCUGUCCGUACACAGCCUUCCAGUGUCCCUCCUACCAACAGUACAUAAGCGGGAAGUGUGCGAGCUGUGGGGAGGACGGGAGCGGCUGUGCUCGUCUGGGUCUUCACGCUGACAAGUGGCCGGGCAGUAACCAGAACCAGAGUCUAGUGAGCCUCUACCUCACCACCACCGCCGGACCUCUCUUCUGUCUGUAUCACUACCGUCUGAUGUUGGAGCUUGCUGAUCCCGGUAAAGUAGAGGGAAGUCUUCGCGGUAAACUAAAAGUGUCCUUCAUCACGGAAGAUGGCAGUAUCGAGGAUUUCGACCUCACAGAAGAUGGUCCUGUGAAUCUCUCUCGUGGUAAGAUGUACUCGUUUUUCCUGUACCAUAACAAGGACUUGAGCACUGCUAGUGAGGCCCUCGUCCAGUGGACUUACGAAACCGAUAUGUUCAACCCGAUGAGUUACUGCGUCCUCUUCUGUGACACCAGUCUGUCUCUGUCUAAACUCGUCUUUACCAGCGUCGACUACUUGGUGGCUGAAGACGUGGCAAACAGAACGAACGAGGUGGUAAUGUGUCACCAACAGGGCCUAGGUGUGGUGAGGAUUGUGAGUGAGGCGACGGUGAAGGUGGUGUCAUCACCCUCCUGCCUCAACAUCACAACCCAAGAAGUCACCAGGCAUCACCCCGUCGAAACCAUCAUAGCUAAUCGCCAUAACGAGACCAUGGAGCUACUGAAUGCUGGCUUCGCGUCUAUAUCAUCUAUAUUCUCCAUUAAAUAAACAGUGAACUUCAGAGUCCACUGGAGGCGCACUGAGAUGAAGCUAAUGAUAUUCUGGCGGCGAAACACGUGUUGGAAAUGG